GCUGCUGUUCUCGUUCUGCUGGGAGUCCUUUGGACUCAGGCUUCUGCCUUGGACACCUAUGCCCUCCGCGACCCCAGCAAUAACUAUGUCACUGGAACUAUGACCAUCGACAACGGGGACCAGGUUGUUGAAGUCCACGUCCACUCUGGCUUGUCCUCCUCUGACACCAUUUUUGACUACGCACAUGGCUAUAUUGCAACCAGGCUGCUGUCACGAAAGGCCUGCUUUAUCAUGAAAAUAGACAAGGAUGUCAUCCCAGAGCUGGAAGAACUUGGACGCCUGGCUUUUGAGAGAAAGACUAUGCAGAGAUUAUACUCUCCAAAGAACGUCUGGGUACAGUACCAGAGUGGCAAUUCCUGGUUUGGGAAUCUCAAAAACUGGUUUCGCUAUGGCAGACCCAUUGAACGACUCUGCUCUGGCCUGCCUCUCUACCAGCUUGUGAAAUCUGCAGGACCACUGUCUGUUCAAGGCUGUGCCCAUGCUGGAAUCCCAUUCAUUUUGGGCAUUACUAUCUGUGAACAAGGCCAUUAG